AUGUCGCACUCAUAUGCCUCGCGCACCGCUUCGAUCCGGAUCCCAACGCAAUCGCAGCUGGGCUCCCCACUCCUCCGCCUCCCACUCGAACUUCAAUUGAUGAUAUAUGGGUUCUGUCUCACCAUGCCGACUCAGAUCGUUGAUCCUGGGAUUCCCAGCCACCUUUCUCCCUGCAAUGAGACGGAUGGUCAUCAAAAUCCAGCGCUUCCCAUGCUACUCGUCUGUGAGGAGACUUACCACGCCGUCCAUGCAGCGGCCAGGUGCCUAUACACGAACAACAGCUUCCACUUCACCACAAUUGCUAACCUGGAUUCUUUCCUCGGGCAUCUCCCGCCCCACCAUUCCGCCCUCUUAGCUCACAUCUCCAUCUCCUUGGACGGCAUCCUGGGCUGGCAUCCAAACCAGACGGACGAAUGGCUGCAGUAUCUCGCGGACGACCUUGCUGGAGGUAGCAAGACCACGUGGUCGAGGGUACUCGACUCACUGAAGACGAGAACUCCGAACCUGAAGUCAUUAAUGCUGACACUGGACCGAGAUGGGCUAAUAAGCCAGCUUGCGCUCGAUAACCGAGUAAUGUGUGUGGCCCAGGCCAUGGUGAAGAGGGUCAGGGGGUUGGGGCUGGAAGAGUGCGUUGUUGUUUGUCCGGUGGCCGAACUACGGAUACUCUGGAAGGGCCUUGAGGACCAGUUCCAUUUUGACUUUGAAAUUUGA